ACACGAAAUCAGCACACAGACCGGGAAACGAGAUCAGCACGUAGGUCGGGAAACGAGAUCGACACGUAGGCCGGGAAACGAGAUCGGCACGCAGGCCGGGAUAUGAGAUCGGCAUGCAGACCGAGAUAUGAGAUCGGGAUAAACCACCAGCACGCAGGCCGAGAGGUACUUGCGGCACGCAGGUCGGGACACGAAAUCAGCACACAGACCGGGAAACGAGAUCAGCACGUAGGUCGGGAAACGAGAUCGACACGUAGGCCGGGAAACGAGAUUGGCACGCAGGCCGGGAUAUGAGAUCGGCAUGCAGACCGAGGCAUGACAUACAAACUAGAAUCUAACACACAAGUCGGAAGACGCAGAGACUGCAACAUAACCACGGCUCGAAGGCCGGAACACAACCAUACGGAUCAGAUACCAAAUCAGCGUAGGAAAUGUAUGACGGCAUGGAUCGGAGGCCGUCUACGAUGAUGGGGGACGGCUGCGGCUCGGAGGUCAUUUGAGGCGAUUGAAACCGGCUGCGGUUCAGGGCAGAUGUUGCAUGAGCGCGGUCAGCCGACGAUCUCACAGUGACAAUAAGAUGGGCGACGACCCCGGAGGGCAGUAUCGGAUGGCGGUGAACAGUGAACAGCGGAGAGAAAGUCGCCGGUAGGGGAGCGGACGUUAGUAAGGGGGGAGAGGGAGGCGAAGCUGGGCUGUCGGUGGCCACUAAACGCGGCUGUGAACGCCGACAGCUAAUCCGGUGGCUGGGCGGCGAAGGAGAAAAAGGAGCGGCGCUGAGCUAUAGCGCUGAUGACGAUUAGAGUUCCUGGACGGUCGGCGGAACGAUGACGAGGGCAGUGGACGGUCGGCGCGCCGGCGAACUCAGGAAGAGGCUGCUGCAAGUAACGCUGAAGGCUUACCGGGGUGGCAGCAGUGCUCUCCGACUACGUUGACCCGUGGGUUCGCUGGACAGGAGGCAUUGGACAGAAACGCAGCAAGAAGAGGGCGGCGCUGGGUACCUCCGGUGGCGGUGUCGUGAGUGAGGAGAAGAAGCAGAAGAGCGGCAGCGGAGAAUCUCCCGCAGCAGCAGCCUAGCCCCCUCAUGGCGGCGCCCGAUAUGCAAGAAAAGGGGCGGCAUGCGAGGGAGCAGUGGUGGCCGGAGACAUCUCCCAGCGAGCAGAGAGGGAGAGAGGGGCCACCGACGUCAGGAGAUGAAGAGGAAGAAGUCGUCGUCGUUCGACGGUGAUCGGAAAAUCCAGAAGGAGGAGGAGGAAGUGACGUUGAUGAGAGGGAAAGGAGGUGAACGGGAGGGAGGAAAGAGAGCUCCUUUUCCCUGGCGGCGGAACCAGCCCAACACCAAGCCCCCCUUGCACAGUGUGCUUGCUUCUCCUAAUAAAUCCCUAAAUAAUGCAAUGACAAAAUUGCUCCUCCUCCCCCUCAUAAUUUCCUUUCUUGCCAUUAAGCCAUAUCCGUAUCAUAGGGUAUGUUUUCCAUGUUUAUUCUCUACGUAUUUCAUUAUUUUAUUAUCAGCGUUACAACCAGCUCACCAGUCUACCAGAAGGUGCCCCUGGGUUACGAUAUGUUUUCCAUGCUUAUUCUCUACUUACUUCAUUAUUCUACUAUUUAUUCGGCCCCUUACAUAUUUUUGGGACAUGCCUUGAGCAUUGGAGUGUUAGUGACCUGGGCAACCUAAUCGCUGUUUGCAAGUAGCGUUGACCGGAGACUUUUUGAUAACUUGAUCAACAUAAAAGACAACUCAUCAUACCCUUUCUUUUCAAAUUAUGAUAAUUCGAUCAAUAUUCUAAUCACAUCAUUCUCAUCGUUUCUUCUUCUUAACGUUUAGCCAGGAUCAGUCCCUAAGAAACAACCACUCAGUUUUCUCGGAGGAGGCUUUUCUGUUCAUUGUUCAUUUCCUCAUAUGUUUAAAUAUGAAUUCCUAAGAUCCUUAAGUUUCUGACAGAUAUUGUCGGUGAUUCAAUUCAUACAUUGAACUAAGCUUGGCGUGGUGUUAUCAUUUUAUCCAUGGGAGGAAGGAGAGGAAGGGCGAUUUGGAAUCAGGUUAUAGUUAUUCGUCCAUGGUUAUAUGCAAUGCAAGCCAAGACACGUGAUCAAUAACAGUAGCCAAAUAUCAACAAAAUAUAACCAAUCAACAAGUCUGCAAGCAGUCAAGCACUGAUCCAGAGUUUCCUCGAUGGCAAAUUCGAAUCUACCGUCCCUCAAAACUCACGCCAUUGCUUUUGUGACCAACAAUUUUCACUAAAGAGAGGUCAACAAACAAUCACACUCGAACAAAUCAAAGAGAGAGAGCGAGAUUUCAGCACCGUGUGUUCGGAGCAGGGGUUACCGGACGAGAGCGGCGCAGAGGCCAUCGGUCGCCGGCGGCGGCGCGGUCUGGCCGAGGGUAGACUCAGGGGAGCAGGUGACCCUCACGACGAGGAGAGAAUCGAGGCAGGAGACGGCGCUCUCUCCAUGAACAGUCUCCGGGAGCGGAGGACGAGACUCCCCCUCCCAAUCCCUCGAUAGCCUUCUUCGAGCGGUACGGUUACCGAUUUCUCGCUGGUUUUUUUAACACUGCCCUCGGCCGGGUUCGGAUAGGAUUGGCUCUUUAGAACUAGUACACGAUUGAACUUCCGGCGUCAGCACCCGACCACACCACCCCAACUAACUGGGUGGGUCCCUCCACCGGCGUCAGCGAUUUAUCCGCCGACUUGGCCUUCAACUUUGGCCUCCUCUUCCGAGGAACGCGAAGGCAGCAAUGCAGGUACCUGCGACUCUCCUCUCGGCGGCGACGACGACGAAGCUGAACGGAUCAGUGACGGACUACUGCUCCAUCUGCCUGACGGAGUUCACGGAGGGCGACGCUUUCCAGGAGCUGCCGGCUUACAACCACGGCUUCCACGGGUGGCGUGCAGCACCACAGCUCCCCGGACGAAGCCCUACCAGUUUAGAGCGUAGUUAAGCAAUCGAAUUAGUAGCUACUUAAUAUUAAUUAAUUUAAUCAAUCGUUAGUGAAUUAACGUAACUAUUAAUUAUACCUUGUAAUUUUAAUAUUAUACCAUCUAAUGAUCUUCGUGUUUCUCAUUUAAUGGAGGAUGCAAAUUAGCAGUCCUUGUCCAUCUCCAUGAGUUGGGAAAUUUAAGAGGAAGUGAUACAAGUGCCAAAAGCGAAAAGAGACAGACAAAGAAGAAGAACCAAGAAGAGGAAGAAGAAGCGCAUGGAUGCUUGCACUUUUUGAACUACCACAUCACGAGACUUCCUUGACUCCUUUAAAAUUUUUUCCUAUCUGUCUCUCUCUCAGAAUCACAGUUAUAAAUCGGACCACGAGAAGACCAAAUCGAUCGAUUCAGCAUGUUACUGGUCAUUGAUCAUCAAUCUAUCUACGUAAAGUGAACCAACUUGACAAUCAAUUUAGGCUUUUAUAUUAUAUAUAUAUAUCUAUCUUUACUUUGUUGGAUUAUGGCUCAAGGAUUGAAGAAACGCCGCGUCUCCCUCCCAUUCCAAGUCUCUUUGGAUUCUUUGCGUUAAAUUCUAGCCCUUUCUCAUCAUGCCCAAUUUCAGGCACACAGUUGUUAUGAUCUCCAUGCGCCAAUAUCGAAUCCUGAGGAGGAAGAUGACCAUGAUGCCAUUGAGGUUCUUGGGCUUCUUCAGCCUCGCCUUCUCCUUCUCCUCCUCCUCCUCCUUCAGCUAGCUAAAGCUUCUUCCCUUCCUCGAUCUCGAUGGCCUUUUGCUUUCCAAUCGUGACCUUGUGGCUCGGGAGGAGGAGGCAGAGUAGCUCGGGCAUGGCCCUCCCUUCAUCAUCAUCAUCAUCCUCGCCGCCGCCGCCUCCUCCCCCUGGCUCGUCCUCCUCCCGGUGGCCGGCGAGAAGGAAACCGUUGCUGCCGGAGACGGAGAUCAUGGAGAAGAGGAGGUGGGACAGUUUGGAGUCCUGGUCCAUGCUCCUUGACCCUAGCAAUGGAGAUCAGGGUUACAAUAACUUGGAGGGCGCCGGCGGGAAGAGGGAGGAGUGGAUGGCCGACCUCUCGCAACUCUUCCUCGGCAACAAAUUUGCUUCAGGAUCAAACAGCAGGAUCUACAGAGGGAUCUACAAACAGAGAGCCGUGGCGAUAAAGUUAGUGAAGAUCCCAGAGCAGGACGAGCAGAAGAAGGCCGUCUUGGAGAAGCAGUUCAACUCAGAGGUCGCCUUCCUCUCCAGGCUCUACCAUCCAAACAUCGUCCAGUUCAUAGCAGCUUGCAGGAAGCCCCCGGUGUACUGCAUCAUCACAGAGUACAUGUCGCAGGGGACUCUGCGGAUGUACCUCCACAAGAAGGAGCCCUACUCGCUGUCGACGGAGACGAUCUUGAGGUUAGCGCUCGACAUCUCCAGGGGGAUGCAGUACCUCCACUCCCAAGGAGUCAUCCACCGCGACCUCAAGUCCCACAACCUGCUGCUCAACGACGAGAUGCGGGUGAAGGUGGCGGACUUCGGCACCUCGUGCCUGGAGACGCAGUGCAAGGAGUCGAAGGGGAACAUGGGCACCUACCGGUGGAUGGCGCCGGAGAUGAUCAAGGAGAAGCCCUACACCAAGAAGGUCGAUGUCUACAGCUUCGGGAUCGUGAUGUGGGAGCUCACCACUGCUCUCGUGCCCUACCAGAGCAUGACCCCCGUGCAGGCUGCCUAUGCUGCUUCAGAGAAGAAUCUGAGGCCUCCGCUGUCGACUUCAUGCUCGCCGGUGCUGAACAAUCUCAUCGAGAGGUGUUGGUCGGCGAAUCCAUCGAAGAGGCCGGACUUCAACUACGUGGUUUCCCUACUGGAGAAGUACGAUGAGUGCCUCAGGGAAGGUCUUCCGAUUCUGGUGGGCAAGGAGUUGAGGCUCGGCACUUCGCUCUUCAAGCUCGUCAAAGGCUGCAUGGCCACCACUUCGUCCAUUCCCGUUCAAGCUUGAUCAAUUCUCAAUUCUCAAUUCUACCUGUGUAACUGACACUGAUGUGGACUCAUUUACAAACCAAAAUCUUGUUUCACACUCAAAAUAAAUUUUGAAAGAACAUCCCUAGAUCUCAACAGGCUUUCAAAACUAUUCAUUGUAGAGCA